AUGGCGCCUUUUACCACCCACGAGCUAGGCAGUAUUAGCGUUGCUCUGAGAGUCUGGAUUGCCGUGUCCGUCGGCAAAACCACGGGAUUCCGGGGUCCAGAGACCGACACGCGUCAAGGCCCUAAUCGGUACGGAGUCUUAAGUAGUAGUGAAUAUGCGCCUGGUGUUUACUUUGCAUAA